AUGGCUGGCGGGUUUUCCGCCGUUUCCUUGCUCAGUUCUGAUAAUGUCGACGAUGCAAGCAAGAAUUUUCUACGAAACGCCCCUAGAGAGUUCAUAAGCACAACUUCUAUUUUUUCCCAGUCUUUCUCACAUACAUCAGCUCUGAAUUUACCCAAUGGCGUCACUUCUAUCAAGGAGACGCCCGGACCAGGGGGUGUGCAAAGCAAGCCAAAGAAUGCGGGAAUUCUCCAAGUCACCAAUAGCAUCGAGUAUGCUAUCAACCAGCUUAGCUUACAGAUGGAGCAAAAGCAACAACCUAUGUCGACGUCAGUUUCCCACACUCAGGAAGGGGUUUCUGGUCUUCAAGGGCCCACAAUCGGCGCCAACAUUCCUUAUGCUGAUAACUUGAGAAGUGACUCUUCCCAUCGGCUCUCCUCAGAUGAUAGCUCAUCCCCAUCCUCAGAUGACAGUACCUUUAGUGGAUCCACUUCAAGCACCAACGAGUGCUCGACUGAAAUCACUGACGAUGAUUACGAUGAUGGGAUCAGCGCGGAAGACAAACUCAAAACAGCUCAAGAGCAAGCUCGCUGGCCUCUUUGCCUUUGCUUCACAAAAUCAAAAUUUCUUAACAUACAUGGCCCCAGUGUGAUUCUACCUGUCUAUACCCCAAUCGUCUCUAAAGUGCGUGAAGAUCUACCUCUGAUCAUUUUAUCAGAGAAACUUUACGACUUGCUCAACGAGGAUGAGGAAGAGUCGGCUGCUAAGGAACGAGAAACAGGACGUUCUAUAAAGCUCUCUAAAACUCUCUUACUUGUUCAACAAAUGACUCGAAAGGGCCUCAAUGCUUUUUCUCGGGUCCACGCCUCCUCUCCUGGCUUGCACUCUGGGCAAAUCACUCCCACUGAAGAUCACCAUUUCGACUCUUGCCCUCAUAACAACUUUGGUGUGCUUGCCAACCUACUAAGACUCCACGACAGCCCAAAUGCCGGAACAAACUAUGGUCCAAGUCCAGAGUACAUAAGCUACCCAGACAGCCUAUAUAUACGCAAUGGUAGCUUCGAUGACACAAACAGCACCGAACGAUCACUUAGCCAAGACUCAGGAAUCGUUAAGCCUCCUAAGAGGAAAUGGUGGGAGAAGAACUCCAGCGAGUCAUCUCCAUCUCUUUCUUGGACAGACUCGAGCACCAAGGGCUCUUUCUCAAACCCUCCGGGGCAACACCCACCACUAAGACGUUCUCGAAGCAGUGGUGGCCUAACCCCAGAUAUACAAAGACUGGUGAAGCUACGUGCUCAAGAAGAUGCCCGUGAUGAGAUGUGUAUCUCUGUGCAGCUUGUUGAGACCCUAUCCCGUCAACGAUAUCUGCUACGCCUUUGUAAGGCAUUGAUGAAGUAUGGAGCACCUACGCACCGACUGGAAGAAUAUAUGCGCAUGACGGCGAAAGUGUUGGAGAUUGACGGACAAUUUCUGUACAUCCCUGGCUGUAUGGUCAUAUCAUUUGACGAUGCUGUUACCCAUACUGCAGAUGUCAAACUGGUCAAAGCUGCGCAAGGCGUGGACCUAGGUCGAUUGUUUGAAGUACAUCAAAUCUAUAAAGAAGUGAUACACGACGUCAUUGAAGUUGCAGGGGCAACACGAAAACUGGAGGAAAUCAUGAAACAAAAGCCUCGGUUUAAUGUUUGGUUUCUCAUCCUCAUGCACGGUUGCGCCAGUGCUUCUGUUGGCCCUUUCGCAUUUGGAGCUCGUCCUAUCGAUAUGCCAAUAGCAUUUCUUCUCGGGUGUUUACUUGGAAUUCUCCAAUUAGUUCUGUCACCGCGUUCCUACUUAUACUCGAAUGUAUUCGAGAUCUCUGCUGCCGUCCUCACGUCAUUUCUCGCAAGAGCUUUUGGCAGUAUUCCUUACCAAGGAGGUCGUCUUUUUUGUUUCUCCGCACUUGCUCAGUCAUCCAUCGCUCUUAUCUUACCGGGAUAUAUGGUUUUAUGUGGAAGCCUGGAAUUGCAGUCUCGUAGCAUUGUUGCCGGCUCGGUUCGCAUGGUGUAUUCAAUUAUUUAUUCCCUAUUUCUCGGAUUCGGCAUCACUGUUGGCACAUCGGUAUACGGUCUAUUAGACCCUAAUGCCACUUCUGAUUAUUACUGCCCUCCAAGUCCCAUUGAGAACCCUUACUUACAGCGCCUACCAUUUGUUAUCAUGUUUACUUUCUGCUUGAGUACCAUCAGUCAGGCCAAAUGGCGUCAGAUACCAGUGAUGCUUUUGAUAUCCCUUUGUGGCUAUUUGACUACUUAUUGCUCAACGAAACGAUUUGGAUCGAACACUCAGGUUGUUAAUGCUUUGGGUGCCAUCUGGUCUAGCAGCGAGUGGUUCUCUAGUUUCCGGCAUCACUUCGGCUGA